GAAGAAUUGGAGACUGGAGGAGAAAAAUUAUAACGAAGUUCAGAUCUUAGAAACACAUAGCCAACAAUGGAGGGCACUCAAUCGCAGGUGAUGGAGGUGAAAGAUCGUAGAACAGUUGCUCUGGGAGAAUUGCGAAUCCUCCCUGAUGAAAUCAUCUGUGCUAUCUUGGAGAAUCUCACACCUCGUGAUGUCGCUCGCCUUGCUUGCGUUAGCAGUGUGAUGUACAUUCUAUGCAAUGAAGAACCACUGUGGAUGGCUGUAUGCCUUAAAAGUGCUAGGGGACAACUUGAGUACAAAGGCUCCUGGAAAGAGACCACGCUGCACCGACAACAAGUACAGCAUGAAUUUGCAGAGCCUUCCAAAAUGACACUGAAUUUUGAUGGAUUCAACUCCUUAUUCCUGUACAGAAGAUUUUACAGGUGUUUUACCACAUUGGAUUCAUUCUCUUUUGAGAAGGGAAAUGUUGAAAGAAAGAAAAACCUCUCUCUGGAGGAUUUUCAUCAUGAGUACGAUGGACAGAAACCGGUUUUGAUAACUGAAUUGGCUGAGACAUGGCCUGCAAGAAGUACAUGGACGCUUGAACAAUUAUUGGUGAACUAUGGAGAUACUGCAUUCAGGAUUUCUCAGAGGAGUUCUAAAAAAAUCAAUAUGAAAUUCAAGGAUUAUGUCUCGUACAUGAAACUUCAGCAUGAUGAGGACCCUCUGUACAUUUUUGAUGAUGAGUUUGGGGAAGUUGCACCAGGUUUGUUGAAAGAUUAUAGUGUGCCUUACCUAUUCCAAGAAGACCUUUUUGAUGUCUUGGAUAGAGAUCAACGACCACCUUUCCGAUGGCUAAUUAUUGGGCCAGAGAGAUCUGGUGCAUCUUGGCAUGUUGAUCCUGCCCUUACCAGUGCUUGGAAUACUCUUUUAUGUGGGCGGAAAAGGUGGGCAUUGUACCCUCCGGGUAGAGUACCGCUUGGUGUCACAGUACAUGUAAAUGACGAAGAUGGUGACGUAAAUAUUGAGACUCCAACAUCUUUGCAGUGGUGGCUUGAUAUUUAUCCCCUGCUUGCGGAUGAAGACAAACCAAUAGAGUGCACCCAGUUACCUGGUGAAACAAUAUUUGUCCCAAGUGGGUGGUGGCACUGUGUGCUCAAUCUGGAAACAACUAUUGCUGUUACCCAAAAUUUUGUCAAUUCAAAAAAUUUUGAAUUUGUAUGCCUGGAUAUGGCUCCUGGUUAUCGUCAUAAAGGAGUUUGUCGGGCUGGAUUGCUUGCUGUUGAUGAAAAUACUUUCAGAAAUGCCAAAGGGAAUGUAUUCCAUGAUGAAGAAUGGUUGACCCACCCAGCAAUCAUGAGGGAAGAGAAGAGAGUCAGAGUUUCUGAAACUGGGGAAGACCCAUGUGUUGAUGAUAAUAAUGAAAAAACUACAAAUGGUUUCUCUAAAUGUUACAGUAACUUGCAAAAUCAGAAUUUCUCUUACAAUAUAGAUUUCUUAUCCAUUUUUCUAGAGGAAGUGAGAGACCACUAUAGCUCCAUAUGGAGUCCAGGCAACUGCAUAAGUGAAAGAGAAAUGAGAGGAUGGUUACACAAGCUUUGGGUUGGAAAACCAGGGAUGAGAAACUUAAUAUGGAAGGGUGCUUGUCUAGCAAUGAACACAGACAAAUGGUCAUCAUGCAUGGCGAAAAUUUGUGCUUUCCAUAAUUUGCCUGCUCCUUCGGAUGAUGAGAGGUUUCCAGUUGGCACAGGUAGCAAUCCUGUUUUCCUCAUUGAUGGCUAUGUAAUUAAGAUUUAUGUUGAAGGAGGGUUGGAAUUUUCUAUCCAUGGUUUGGGCACUGAGCUUGAGUUCUAUAGUCUGCUUUAUAAAGUCAACUGCUCCCUGAAAGAUCACAUUCCAAGUGUUUUGGGAAGUGGAAUUCUCAUCUAUGAAAAUGGGUCUUAUACAACUGUACCAUGGGAUGGAAAUGGAGUUCCAGAUGUAAUUGCCAAGUGCAAUCUGGUUCCAGGGAAGUCUGUGGCAGAUGGUUACCCUUUUGGUGUAUGGAGCAAGCAACAAUUUGAAUAUAGAGAAGCUGGUAUUUCAAUUCAUGAAUUGGUCAAUUCUGUUGCAUGCACAAAGAUAUGGCCAUAUAUAAUUACUAGAAGAUGUGAGGGGGAUAUAUUUGCUCAUUUAAGAGAUGCUCUAUCAUGGGAUGAUGUACUAAAUCUGGCUUCAUUUUUGGGAGAUCAACUACGGAAACUUCAUCUCUUGCCCUUGCCUUCAUUACCUGAUUCUAUUUAUUCAGACAAUGAAAAGAAGACGAAUUUGUCUUCAAUGAAUUCUAUUCUGGGGGUCACUCAACACUCCAGUGUUCCAGUAGAAUGGGGUCUUUUCAUUGAAACUCUCACUAGGAAGAAAAAGGAUGUCUCAAGCCGCUUGGUCAGAUGGGGAAAUCCAAUACCUAGCAGCCUGAUAGACAAAGUAGAAAAGUACCUCCCUGAAGAUAUUGCAAUGUUGAUAAAUUUGUCUAAGGAUGAAAAUGGCCUACACAAGUCUCCUACCUGGAUACACAUGGAUAUUAUGGAUGAUAAUAUUCAUAUGGAACCAUAUUUUCUUGGUUCUUGCUUGAAUGAGAAUGUGCCCUGUUCUAAUGGGGCUAUGGAUUGCAAUAGUGGCAAUGGAGAGCAGAGAAAAUGGCGCCCCAGCCACAUUCUCGACUUCAGUGACCUGUCUAUAGGUGAUCCACUUCUUGAUUUGAUUCCUAUACAUGUGGAUAUCUUCAGAGGGAAUUCGGUUUUACUUAAGCGGUUUUUAGAAAGCUACAGACUUCCCUUUGUGAGAAGGAUAUCACAGGAUGAACCAGAGGGAAGUCAGAAUAAGUUUAGACGAACCUCCUACCAUGCCAUGUGCUACUGUAUCUUGCAUGAUGAGAACAUAUUAGGAGCUAUAUUUAGCCUAUGGAAAGAAUUGGGGUCUGCAAAUUCAUGGGAAGAGGUUGAAGAAGCUGUCUGGGGUGAUUUGAACAAGUAUGAAAAGUCCCUGCUGAAAAAAUUAGGAUCUGUUAAAUAUGCUGCAGCUGACGGGAAGUGGUGUUUUCAACUGCUAUUUGUAGCGCCUUAUUUUUCUUAUAAAUUUUUUGUUAAUUUUAUUUUAUCCUAAGCCUAUAU